AUGAAAAUAUUUUUUGUUGUGUCAUUUGUAGUUCUUGUAAGUUUUUAGAUUAUUUUUACUUAGUAUUAGGUUUUUUAAAUGAUUCUGACUACUGUAAUUUCAACUUUAUAGCUUAUUCUUCGCACGGUUUCCGGUCAAACGUGCCAACCGCACAGUACGUAUAGCGACUGUGCUAGUGCUUGUCCUCUCACCUGUCAAGUUGUUGUGAACGGACCUUAUCACACUGUUUGUCCUUUGAUCUGUUUGAGAGGUUGUGUUUGUGAUCAAGGCUAUGCUUUGUAUAAUGGCAGAUGUGUUCGUAUUAAGAAGUGCUACAAACUGGGUAUGUUAUCGAGUAGCUUGAGAACAACAUAACAUAAUAAUACUAUAAUAGUAUCCUCGCCUAGAAAAUAUAAUUCUGUCACUUAUACUUACACAAAGAACAGUAUCUGAUGACGUAAUUUACCUAACCUUACAAUAAAAACUUGGAAACAAUAAUUUUUAUAUUAAUGUUAAUAUAGCAAAUGUAAAAUUAUUUUAGUUCACUAA